AUGGACGCAGAGUCGCGGUUAGUCGAAAACAAUGGAAGCACGGCCAGAGACUUCUGUAUGCUGGAACGCAAUAUUCUCUCUCACCUCAAACUCGCACUACUUCUCUCCUUGUUAUCUUCGUCUAUGCUUCUCCACGCGCGACUCGUCCCAGAUCCCACCGAAGAGGCCCCCGACCCGAUGGGAGAUUCCUCGAAAGCUAUCGGUAUAGGCUCAGUACACCUAGCUGCUGCCAUAGCGGUCAUUGGGGCUGGAUGUUGGGAAUUCCACAGUGGAAUUAGGGAUCUACGUGACAUGAGAGCUUUCCUUGUAGCAACCAAACCUCAUCUCGCUGUUAUGAGUGUGAUAGCUACUAUCGUAUUCACUACGUGCGUGAUACUUUUGGUGGACGAGAACGAAUAG